ACAGUCGACGCGGUAUCGUUCAAAAGAAUAAGGGCAGCUUAUACCGACGGAUUAACGGACCACUCGAUCGAGCACGUUGACGGCUGUGGACAAAAAAAGAAAGAAUGCUACGUUCGAUCUUGCUUUUGGCCUUUCUAUCGAAUUCGGUAACAAAAAUCUCUUUCACUUUGAGUACGUCGUACUAUAGUAGUGUAUUCGAUAAUCAAAAAAAACUUUUCCGAUUACGUUAUAAGCAAAGAAUUGUAUUUGCAUAAAUGCGUUUAGAAGAGAAUGAUAUCGAAACUAAUAGAGUAGUACAUCUAGUCCUCUUUUUUUUCCUUGGAGUCUUUUCAGAGUUUUGUAUAAAACGCUCCCCAAAGACGCUAAUCUGCACCCGAACAAACGCGCCCAUUAAUUGUUCCGUUAGUUAAUUAACGUUUCUUAGGCUCAAAUCGAACGCGUUCGAAUCGCCUCACUGACCUGGUCUACCGAUAUCCGUUCCCGUUUGGCAAACACACGAAUAGAUGCUCUAAUAGAAAAUGAAAGCAAUUCUACUGUCAAGACGACGCUCAAGCUUCGCAUACCCCGUUCUGCCUACAUUCGACGCUUGGGGUAAUACUGAUCGGGCCAGAGUCACCGACAGGGCUAAGGAUACUGAAAAAGUAAAGGGCCCUACCGACACAAUAGAAGUGCAAACAAAACUAGAAGUACAAGCCCACAGUUCAGCUCGGGUCGAACUGGAUUAUGUUUUGCUCCUUAAUGAAAGAUCCGGGGUCAUAGAACACAUACUCCAUGUUGACCCUGGAGAAGCUUUAGUUAGGAACCUCAAAGCGGAUAUUAGGGUAAGGGAAACUAAGGAAAUUGAAAAAUUUGAAGUAAAACCAAAGACUUCAACUAACGUCACGAUAAGGAGAACAAACGAAUUACGGGUGGUUUGGCAACAAUUAAACUACAAGAAACAGAAGACGCCACUCGAGCAGAUCGUUUUACUGUACUAUUUGCGUAAGAACGGAAUAGAUGAUGCAGGCGUUCUCGCCGUAGGCGGCGGUUAUAUGCUGCAUGCAGCAAAAAUUCAUGUAAAAAAACCGGUAGAACGAAGGGUAGUCUUUGCAGUAGACAGUAGUGCCUCCAUGAAAGGCUUCCGUUUGCAGCAACUUAGAAAAGCUCUGACGGCGGCUUUGGACCAGCUGACCGAAGCAGAUUACUUUAACGUGUUGCAUUUCAAUACCAAAGUGACGUGGUGGAGACAGGGUGAACUGCAAAAGGCGUCUGCGAAAAACGUUGAGGACGCUAAGGACUUCAUGUCAAGCAGGAUUCGGCCUACUGGCUGGACCAACAUUAAUUCUGCGUUACUGGAAAGUGUCCGUAUGCUGACGAAAGCUGCUCGCCACGUUCAUCCAUCCAAGGCAUCCUUCAUCAUCUUCAUAACGGACGGCCGGCCUUCUGUUGGUGUAACAAACCAAAGUCAGAUCAUUUCUAACAUCAAACGACGAACGUCGUUUCCUUUGUAUGGCGUAGCAUUAGGGCGUCAAGCGGACGUCUUGCUCUUAAGAAGAUUGUCAGCAGUCACCGGCGGAUUUUCUCAUCAGAUUCGAGUUGACCCUCAGGCAUCAACGAGAUUGAAGUCUCUGUUUGACAGGCUCAAUAAACCAGCUCUUCUUGCAUUCCAAACUACUUACGAAGGGAUAGAGGAACGCACGCUGUCUAGAACACGUUGGCCAAUUUAUAUGAACAAUUCGGAAGUUCUAAUUGCAGGUAAACGCAAGUCGCCGGAAACACCGCUUAAAGCCCAUCUAAACGGCUUAGAUGGCGAUGGACAUAACCUUUCGAAAACAACGACCAAGUGGGAUGAUAUUGGGAAUGCCAGUUUAGCAUGGGCUUAUCUAACUAUCUCUCAAUUGCUGGAUCUCACAUCAUCAGAAAACAGACGCAGAGCUCAGCGGUUGUCAUUAGAGUAUGGUCUAGUGACGCCCGUUUCCUCUUUAACGUUUCAUUCUCCUCGUAUUCAAGUGCAUCUUGAGCGUCACGAUGACUGGAACGCGCUCGAUAAAAAUUCAGGUAUGGGUGUAUUAGAUUAUCUUUGCAAAUCGAUAUUGACACUGAUGGAUAACAUUUUUUUAGCACCCUGGACGUGGUCUCCGGCACCUGGAGAGCGUCAUGACGAUUUCGCUGAGAGCGACCCACAUUUUUUGUUGAAAGCGUCAGGGGGAGCCAGUGUUUGUUUCGACGUCACAGCCGAAAACGGCACGGUCGUUCAAUUAUUGCAUGACUCCCGAAUUACGCUUAACGCUCGUCUUGUCGAAUACGAAGCCAAUCGAACGUUUUUCGGGCAAAUGGCAGCCGCAGUGGGCCGUCACAGAAUCAUAGUGACGCCGCGGAAAAUUCUCGUCGAUUCAGCGCCUUAUAGAUGGAAGAGUGUCGGAUAUAGCCUAAAUGUAUCUGCAAUAACUUCCAUCUCUGUUUCGCGUUUUCGCGUCCGUAUCAAAAUUAAAGGGGGUUCAAACAUAACUCUUUUACGCCAUCUGGCGGGAACAGAUCGUCCAGAUCAUUUGGGUAUCUAUAUAAAACGAUCCAGAUCUGACAGUCACCGAGGGUCAGGUUUACUAGCCUUUCUAAGAAGAUCACGAGUUCGAAUAAAAGAGAUGAAAAAUGAGACUGAAAUAACUUUGUUCGACGGUGAUAAACUGAUAAAGACUGUGACAGGGAAAAAAUCGGCCCGAUAUAGUCGAUUAAAAAAGAAGAGAAUAGACUGUUGUGCACACACUCGUUACUUUGACUCCGUGAUGGGAUGUUCAGCGUCUAAAUCCAUUGCACCACCAACUAUUCUACUCUCUCGUUCAGAUCAACUUUCCGAAAAACAAAAGAGUGUUAUACGUAAUACUUGGAAGAGGAUAUCGAAUGACCUAAGUGGGAGAGCGGCUAUGGUAUUCUUGAGGAUUUUCGAGUUGCAUCCGCAAAUUAAGAAUCUUUUUCCUUGCCGAGAUUUAGAAGGUGAAAAACUUCUAAACGAUCAUCAUUUUAAGGGGCAUGCCUCUAGAUUUAUGCAAGCUGUGGGGGCAGCCGUUGAUAAUCUUGACGAUAUGGAGGUUUUAUCACCCCUUCUCAUUGGUCUGGGCAGAAGACACGUUCUCUUUCAAGGCUUCAGACCGAAAUAUUGGGACGCUUUUACUGAAGCGAUUCUUUUCGUUUGGAAGCAGGAGCUAAAAUUUCGAUUCAACGGAGAUGCUCGAGAUUCAUGGCAAGCCGUUUUGAAUUUUAUCAUAAUCAAGCUUAAUGAAGGCUACAAUGAAGCAUUGAGAGAAAAAAUGGAAAAUGAAGAGAAAAAUGAAAGUAAGGCGAAUAGUUAA